AGUUGGGGAGGGUUUCCUGGACAGAGGUCCUUUGGCUGCUGCCUUAAGACGUGCAGCCUGGGCCGUGGCUGUCACUGCAUUCGGACCCAGACCCACUGCAGGAAGCAGCAGCCCCCGCCCGCGCAGCAGCAUGGAGCUCUGGGGUGCCUACCUCCUCCUCUGCCUCUUCUCCCUCCUGACCCAGGUCACCACCGAGCCACCAACCCAGAAGCCCAAGAAGAUUGUAAAUGCCAAGAAAGAUGUUGUGAACAUGAAGAUGUUUGAGGAGCUCAAGAGCCGUCUGGACACCCUGGCCCAGGAGGUGGCCCUGCUGAAGGAGCAGCAGGCCCUGCAGACGGUCUGCCUGAAGGGGACCAAGGUGCACAUGAAAUGCUUUCUGGCCUUCACCCAGACGAAGACCUUCCACGAGGCCAGCGAGGACUGCAUCUCGCGCGGGGGCACCCUGGGCACUCCUCAGACUGGCUCGGAGAAUGACGCCCUGUAUGAGUACCUGCGCCAGAGCGUGGGCAACGAGGCCGAGAUCUGGCUGGGCCUCAACGACAUGGCGGCCGAGGGCACCUGGGUGGACAUGACCGGCGCCCGCAUCGCCUACAAGAACUGGGAGACUGAGAUCACCGCGCAACCCGACGGCGGCAAGACCGAGAACUGCGCGGUCCUCUCAGGCGCGGCCAAUGGCAAGUGGUUCGACAAGCGCUGCCGCGAUCAGCUGCCCUACAUCUGCCAGUUCGGGAUCGUGUAGCCGGCGGGGCGGGGGCCGUGGGGGUCCAGGAGGAGGGCGGGGGCCGCGGCAGUCCGGGAGGAGGGUGGAGACCUUGCAGCCCCCAUCCCCUCCGUGCGCUUGGAGCCUCUUUUUGCAAAUAAAGUUGGUGCAGCUUCGCGGAGAGGA